CUUAUCUGUCUCCUUGCCGAUUGUCCUGGCGGCCGCGCCGCAAGGACCGCAAGGCAGUGCUCAGUGCCGGGGAGGUCAUCGCAGCCAUCCAGCCACCGCGGCGGGAUUAGUGGAGGGAUCUUUAUAGGUUUGCGAUCGCAGCGCCCACAAGGUGCUCCUCGGCGCCGCGAUGAGCGCCGCCCUGCACGUGACGGUCGGCCCGGAGGCCAAGACCCACCCCGGCGUGUCCCUGGGCCGCUUCAUCCUGGACAGCCUCAAGAAGCACGCCAACCUCAGCAUUCCCGCGCAGGUGGACUCGGAGUCCGGGCGCGCGAUCUCGUUCCCGGACAUCCUCCGGAUGUCGGUGCAGGCCGCGGAGGGGUGGCGCGCCCUGGGCCUCACCAGCGGCGACACACUGGCGCUCUUCUCCUUCAACAACCACUUCGUGUACCCGCUGUUCUUCGGCGCCAUCCUGGAGGGCAUCACCGUCGCCAUCGUCAAGCACUCCACGGCGGCCGAGCUGCGCGCCUUCCUGGACAUGUGCGCGCCCAAGGCGGUGCUGACCGAGGCCGAAAGCCUGGACUUGGUGCUGUCGGUGCUCACCCCCGCCGAGCGCCACGUCGUCGUCACGGCCGAGAGCGUCGCCACCACCGCCACCUCCGACGCCGAGGUGCUGUCCGCCACAGACUUGUUCGCCAAGGGCGGCGCGGCUCGGCCGGAAAGCUACCAGCCCGGUGACGUCACCGACGUCCGGGAGCACAUCGCCUUCCUGGCCUUCUCGUCCGGCACCAGCGGGCUGCCCAAGAUGGUCAAGCUGAGCGACUACUCCUUCACCAUGACCCUGCAGUUCAUGAGCGACUGGCACGUGCGGGCCGGCGACCGCGUGUUCAUCACCUCCCAGCUGGCGUGGAUCACGGGGCUGGCGUUCACGCUCGUGAGCACGGUGCUGGGCGCGACGCGCGUCUACGGCUGGUACGCCGCGGACGCCGGCGAGGUGGACUGGCUGGGCAUCCUGAAGCGCCACCAGAUCACCACGUGGUUCCUGGCGCCGCCGGGGCUGACGCUGCUGGCCACGGAGGCGCGCGCGCGCAGGGCCCGCGGCGCCGAGGUGGACAUGUCCAGCGUGCGCGUGCUGCUCACGUCCGGCACGGGGCUGCACGCCGACGCGCAGCGCCACUUCGCCGAGGUCCUGGACACGGACGUGCUGCAGUUCUACGGCAUCACCGAGGUCGGCAUCAUCGCCGCGGACGCGCCCCCCGCCAAGCCCGGCUCCGUGGGCCGCCUCACGCCCGGACUGCAGCUCAGGCUCGUGGACGUGGAGUCCGGCCUGGACGUGGUCGGCGCCGGCGUGCUGGGGGAGGUCCGCGCCAUGGGCCCGGCCUACAUGUCGGGGUACCAGGGCAGCGCCGCGGAGACGGGCCAGGUCCUCGACGACCACGGCUUCUUCCGUACCGGGGACCUCGCCUACCAGGACCAGGACGGCUACCUGUACCUCGUCGACAGGAUCAAGGACUCGCUCAAGUUCGACGGCGUGCCCAUUGCCCCCGCUGAGGUGGAAGCCGUGUUGCUGUCGCACUCCGCCGUGAAGGAGGCCUGUGUGGUGGGCAGGCCGCACCCUCGCCUGGUCGACGUCCCCACCGCCUUCGUCGUCAAGCAGUCCGGCUCGGAGGACGUCACCGAAACCCAGCUGCAGGACCUUGUAAAGAAUCGUCUGUCUUAUGAGAAGUGGCUCCGAGGUGGCGUGUUCUUCCGCGAUGAAAUCCCAAAGACCUCCAACGGGAAGCUCGAUAGAAGAAAUCUGAAAGAAUGGCUGAGAACUUUGCCUCCGCCAGACUGCGACAUGUGAACACAUGCCCAAUGUUUUUUCCGACAACAAAAAUUGUAACAUCUUGAAAGGAACAUGGCUUGUAAAAUGUAUUUUGUGGUACCUCUCAUGAAAGCAGCAAAUAAACGUGUUAGAUCUUUA